CGAGUGCGCCAUGUUUCUCGUGAUGUCCGAGCGUUAGAGAAAAGUUUUUCAGAAAAGCGUGAUCCGCAUGAGCAAAAUGGCUGAUGAUGACCCGUCGCUAUUGAAGGAGGACGGUUGCUUGAACGUGGACACCGAGUGCAAGAGUAUUAUCUAUCACGCCAAUCUAAAUGUUCUACUCAUCACCACUGGCAGCGCACAAGUAUACGUGUUCGAUGUCAAUUCCGGCGUGAUCUUGCAGAGGAGUUCUCUGUCUGGUAAAUCUAAUGGGAAAUUACAAGGGAUUUAUUUAUCGGAUGGAAUAGACAAAGUGCUGUAUACAGAUGGACGAGGAAUUGGCAUACGUAGCGAUUACAAUGGGGUCCUGUUAUUAGAUACAAUUUUGCAAACCCCAGUUUCUAAAAGCGAGGAUGUCAUAAAGCUAGAACUAUUGCUGUCAGAGGCAACGAUAUUGCUUCAAUGCCUACAAUGCGUAGAAUUACCAGGUGUGGAACAUUUGCUGGAGGUGCUGCAAGAACUGUCAAGUAAAAUUGUUACGGCACAAGCAAAUCAGAAAAAGGGUAUCAAGGCUCAAAAAUGGAAUACGAUAUGUUUGGAAUUACCACAUGGAUCUUUAAAACUCGUCUGUUCUGGUUUAGUAAUGGAAUUAAAAAGGCAAAAUCGGCAUAUAGCAGCACUGCCCAUUGCCUCUGCGAUCAAUGAACGACUAAAUGGCCUAUUGCCUAGUCUUGCGUUAGAAGGUGGUCCCACUGAUAGAGCAUUAAUGUUUAGUGAAGCAGCACGUCGUAAUACUUUUCCAAAAUGGCCACAUAUGAAUUACAAAUGGGCUUUACCUGAUCAAAUGGCCCAGGCUGGUUUCUAUCAUGAACCAAAUGCUACAGGAGAUGAUAGAGCGAUGUGUUUCACUUGUAACGUGUGCUUAGUAUGUUGGGAGCCUACUGAUGAGCCAUGGUCGGAGCAUGAGAGGCAUUCGCCCGCAUGUCCAUUCGUUAAGGGUGAAUACACACAGAAUGUUCCAUUAUCCGUGACUCUUGCAACAGCUCCCGCUCGUGAGGCAGGCGAUACGGUGGACGUCAUAGGUACUACUAAUGUCACAGGCCUUGCGGCUACAGCCUCUUCCAAUGGUUUUGUAAAUAUUUGGAACAUAACGAAUCAAUUGAAGGUAAUUACAGCACUUUCAGUAGUGGGAUCUCCAGUAACCCUGAGAGAGGAAGUGAAAAGCACCAACUCCUCGUCGUCUAUAAACAUUGAGACGACGGAGCAUAAGAUUCGACCAUGCUUAGUGUGUGGGGUUACAGUGACAGUUAACAAUCCUUCGCAAUUAAGAACUUUAGAGAAUGUGUGGGCUGCCUCAAGCGAUCUAGCGAGCUCGUCGUCGUUAGUUCGUGCAAUGAACAGUGUAAAUAGUGCUGCCAGUGAUACUCUAGAUAUAAUGAAGGUAGCGGGUGAUAGGUACAUAUCGUCGAGGUUGCAUUACUUAGUACUGUAUGACUUUCAUCAUAAGGCUGCAACGGCGCAACCCAUCAAGGAAGAUAAUUCUAAAGAAUCAAAGACUAAGAAGACUCUAUCUGGGACAGGAACUAGCGCCAGCUCGAAUGGCGGACGCCAGGAAAGCUUGUACCAGGAGCUCUUCCUUAGUAAAAUUUUUUAUGAAGUGCCAGUUAUCGAAGAUGUAGACUCGGAUAUGGUAGUUGGUCCGCAUUACGAUGGUAUCUUCCCGCCCAACACUUUAACCGCCUCGUCCUCCAACGGCAUUUACUCGAGUCCCAUCGGUAUUCCCUUCGGUCCGACCCCGACGACGUCAACUCCCUACGAUCCCAAUUUUCCUCCUAUUAACGGCUCAACCCACUUUGCAUCGACAUCUGAUUUGACAACGAUAAACAAAAAGAGCUUGGAUCUUAUGAAGAUUACCAAGGCAGAACCGGUGGUCGUCAAGACGUUGGCAAUAAACGCACCGGACUCUCUCCGCAUUACAUACAUAACUACGUCCAAGGAUGGAAGAUACCUGUAUGUCGCGAUGUGUCCCGCGGCGGAUAAUGCUUCCGUCGAAUCUUCUUCAUCAAAUACCAAUCAGAUGGAUGUUGACGACGAAAGCGAUUUCUUUCCACAGAAAAGUUAUAUGUACUGGGACCAUAAUGAUAGUCAAUCCAGCAAAUUGAUAAACGGUGAAAUCCAUAGUAACGAGAGCAACGCGAAUGCCCUGUUGCUUGUAUAUGCUUUGGAUUUCACAAGCCCGGUAGUAAAAGUGGCGUCGGAACCGCUGGUGAAGCGAGAGUUACCUUUGGAACAGGCGCCAGUAGAACAUGUACUACUUCCACUUCAAGAAAAACAAAAGUGCACGUCAUUUUCUACUAACUCUAUUACCAAUUCCACUAAUAAUUCAGCCAUUCAGGAACCUGCCGGACAAGUUGCCCUUGUAUGUAAAGACGGUGUGGUUAGGUUAUUAAACUUAAGUACACUGAAGACUGUAACGGAGGCGAGAUUAGAUGGAAAGAAAUUCAUCUCUGCGACUUAUUGCAACAGUUUGGAAAGGCUGUGUGUGUGCACAAGCGAUGGCACAUUGCAUUUCUUCAUUACAGCGGAGGAAGAGGACUCCACAGAGGAGAAAGAUGAUGUUGACGAUGUGAAUAUGGGUAGUGAAGGAAGCUGUACUUGUGAAAAUAUAGCUCCUAGUACGUCAACGUCGUCGAUUUGUUACGAUGAGCUAUUAGCACAUAAAUCGAAUUUCUCAUACUGGGACUUAGGGCUGUUAUACGAACUUACACGAUUUAGUCGACAUUCCCCUGCAUAUAGCGCGACCGUCCCUCCGUGUUGGAGUGAAAUGAUGCAAGCUCAGAGACAAAGACGUCAUCCGCAGCAUCUUCAUCAAUCGGAAGAUCAGCAUCAUACGAGAACGUGGCGGUUACAAAGUGAUGCGACUACUUGGGAUGAACACGUGUUCGAGCUUACUUUACCUCGAAGUGCAGCAGGAAGUAUAGGACACGUUGAUGUCCGAUUUACCUUGCACCCGUUCUAUCAAGAGUUACCCAAUAUUCAAGUUACUUUGUUGAAGCAAAAUAUGAAGAGGAUCGGUCAUCAGAAGAUACCAACCACCCCUAUAGAUGAAAGAAUUGAAUUUAACAUAGGAACCGAACAAAAAAACGAAAAUCCGGUUAUCACAGAGGAAUAUCAACGCCAGCAUAACACCGAAAUCCUCUGUGGUCCCAUCGAUUUGCAUCGUUGCGUAGAUCUGUCUUGUCACAUGGGAUGUGUAACAUUGACAAGCCCGAAAUUGUUUCGUUCGAAAGCUAGGACGUUACUUGUUCACAUCAAAGCUUUAGUAGAUCAAAAGGAUGGAACUUCUUCGAAAUCUAAAGCAAAUUUAGCAGAAAGUAAACCACCCACUUGUAAAAAGCUGAAGAUAUUUGAAGUACGUCCGCUUGUGCCUCCUAAUGCUGGAGAACGAUUUGACGAGGGUGCAAAUAGCAAGAAGUUGGGAUGCUAUGUUGGAUGCAAUUGGAUUUACGAGAUCUCAAUCACCGUAAGAUCAGUAAAUCCAACCAGUAUGCCCGACGAAAGGAUGCAAAGAUGUGCUAUGUUAGAAUCCAAAACUUUUGUCGAUAAUCUUUUGAAUGUCGCAUGCUUGCAAGUACCUGUCGACUCUCCCGUCGUACAAUCUAUAGCUCUUGACAUUCUAAUAUGGGUAGCCUCAAUAAGAUUAACGAGAUUGCGCAGCGUUCAGAACAGCGCCGAGAUUAAAGCUCUUCAAUUGGAGACGAUACGUUCCGUGCAAGGACGACUAUCCAGCUUAUUACGAACAUGUCUCUUGCAUGCUGGCAGAAGUAUAGCGCAUAAAUGCGUUAAAUUAAUUAUUCUUUGCAGCGGGGGAUUUUAUAACAUAGAGGAUUCAUCGGUUCAAACCUUUGACGAGGCCAUGCUCUCUGUAUUGGUCAACUUGUUACCGUCAAUAAUGGAAGUUCACUGGGCUGGUUCAUUGAGAUGGCUUCAAUUACUCAUUACCAGAUUUUUGCCAUUAGAUAAAAAUUACAGUAUUGCACAUAAAUGUGUCACUUUGGUGCAACAGAUAGCUACUGAAGUAUCUAAUAGAGUGAAUCCGUACCAUUUGCUGCUCGCGACAAGGUUCGGUCUAUAUAACACGCCUUUUGAAACGGAACUUUUCGACUUAGAGCCACCAAUGUUACCAAAGUUUAGUUCAAUACCCGUGACGUAUGCAUCUGUUGUAACCAGUGAGCAAACAGGUCCUCCUGUCGCUUCGUCGAGUGCUAUACACUCGUCCAAGAUAUCACAGGAUUCUAUUGAUUUGAGGGACCUACUCACACUGCCUACACAUCCCGCUAAUGAAUUUGUAAUAUCCAGCAAGUUGAAGGCACUGUGUACCAAUCAGAAUAUGAAAGGUCUUCUCGAGGUUGAACCUCUUCAUUUUACUUGUCACGCUGCCUCCGACGGCACGAAGAUGGAAAAGAUCGAUCCUGGUAUGAAUACAAUUAAUAUUGGACCCACUUUGUAUGAUAGUGCAGCGACAAGCAACAAUGGUGUGCCUGAUAUUAAAACAAUACAUCAUACAUAUAACUUGGAUGCUGGAUCGCUAGGACCACAUGUUCAAGCUAAAUCGACAGCUACAUUAAGCGAUCUGCUUAGUAUGUAUACGGGAAGAGUGUUAAAGAAGCCAUCUGCGCAACUAUUGCUCACACCCGAUGAACAAUCGGAUUAUGAUGAGGCUAAUGAAAUGUCUGGUGACAACCAGACUUGGCAUAGCACGCAAAAUAAUAUGCCUAGUUCACACAUAUUAAGUUCCAUUAUAACAAAAGAAAAGUCAUGCUUACAAAAUAUCAAUACUGCUGUAAACAAAGUUGAGGAGGGCAAUCCUAAAAAGCGCGAAGAUAUUACAUUCCCGUGGGGGAGAUUGCUAUGUUGGCCGCCUCAGCAAGCAUUGGUUGUCGAACGGAUGCAUUCGGGAGCCCGUCGAUUCGUUAUUUUAGAUUUCGGAUCACCCAUAUUGCUGACCGAUUUGAUGAUACCUUCGUGCAAUGAUUUGGUAUCGCUAUCCAUAGAUAUUUGGACUAAGAGCGAAGAAAUAGACGGCACACGGCUUAUUGUCGCAGGUGAUAUUGGAGGUAGGCCGUUGAUCGUCUGUGAUCUUCAGCCGCCACCUGUGUGUAGAUAUCUCAAGAUCACUACAAUAGGACGCUAUGGAAUGUCCACAACUACGUGUAAAAUACCAUUAGGAAUGUUUUACGGACAUAUGGUAGUUUUGCCUGGGGAAGAUUAUUCGGAAACAAAUGAAGCUUCAUCAUUUGAUGCCGAUAUUUUUGAUUCUUCUUUACAAGCUACCGUUGAUACGCAAUGUAAUAUAUUAUCGGCUUUAGCAGAAGAUGUACAAUGCAGAUUUAGUUUAGCUACUGAAAGACUAAAAACUUUGUUGGAUCCAUUAUUGUGUUCGGAAACUCCUAAUGUUAUGCAUAUGCAAAAUUAUCUAUGUUAUAAUAAGAUACCUAAUGAAAAUAAGGAACAGCCGUCGGCGAAAAUAAUGUCGACAUACCAAGAAUGUAUUAUGUUCCAACAUCAAUUAAAUGUCGUACGGAGUGUCUGGCGACGUCUCGAGUGGUGGAGAGGUAUGCGGAAUGUGCCAACAACGUCUUUCGCAAAUGCACCCAGCGACAAAUUACGAGUUCUUGAAGAGACUCUUCUUGACAUUUUACUGUAUAUCGUGUACGAAAUUGGCCCAUUACCUAGUGUAUAUCGACCAACGUCAUUAUAUGAAGUUUUCACUCCAACAAUUUGUGAGAAAUUUUUCCAUUCGAUAUGCGUUGUAACGCCAGCCCCACGUUUGCAACUUCAAGCUGCUGCGCUCUUAGCUGGCAUGGCAGGGCAUCAACCAUGGUGGGGCAACUUCUUAUCUAAUACCCUAAUAAAUCUUUACUCGUCGGCGUCUACACACAUUUUCCCACAAGAUAGGGUGUUUAUUUUACUAACAUUCCUUGGACGGAAGUCAUUAAUAGCCGGGGGAAAUAAAUCUUCAGUUAUUGAAGCCAUGGUUCGUACAUUGGGUAAAUUAUUGGCUCCUCUUACGAACGCGCCAUCUAAUUCCAAUCGACUGGACAUCACCUUAAUAGGCUGGGUAUUAUUAUUUUUAUCGGUAUGCUUAGACACCAUCGCACCACCGCCUUGUUUCGAGGACAAUCACGAGAAAACUAGGGAACAAGGUUUAUUUUCCCGUUGGGAGUUUAUUCAAGGAGAAUCGGCUAUGCAAAGGAGAUAUGUAAAUGCUAACCGAUCAUCAGCCUCUCGUAGUUACCGUAAAAGAUUACAAAAGCGAUUGUUGCAUCAUAAACAGCAACUUCAUGAAUUAGAACAAGCGAAAAAAUCUGCAGCGUCUAAAGGAUUGAUGACUCUUUCGUCUGACGCUGCUACAUUGUACAAUAAGGUGGAAGCGACUCUGAAGGUUCAAGAACGUUAUUUCAAGAAGACAUUAAAGCAACAUUCCGCAAAACAUUACAAGGAUAUUCUUAAGAGAAAUGAGUCGCUGCUCCGCAGUCCGUGUUGUAGUCAAUCACGACAAUCCAAUACCAGUAAAUCCGAUGUCAUGGAUUUGGAAAUCGAGUACAGUGUGACAAACUUGUCUCACCAGAAUGUUUUACCAGUGGCUCGCGGUCUCAUCGCGCUCAUUUUACACAAUUCGGCUAAUGUGGAUAUGUUUCUGUUAGCUUGCAAGGUAGUCGCUAGGCUAGUAGUAUCUACACGUCCCGCAAUAGGCUUGUGCGAGCUUAUGACCGAAGAACAACUCUUGAAAUUAAUCAGAUUGGCAACGGACACGUCCGACGCUGCUUGGUCGUCGCAUGCUGUUUCUUGUCUUCUAAUGGACCUACUAGAAGGAGGACGAUUGUAUCCUAAAGCAUGUACUUCUACGCACGAAGGUAGUCCGUCUGAAGAGAUUUUGGAGACUCUGGGGAGUCAUACGGACGAAAGUCGUACGGAGGAGGACUCGACCAAUGUCGCUAGUACUAGUGCACCUUCUACUGCCACAUUAGGUGAAGGGUUUACCGAAGGCGAUGCGGACGAGGAUGUGCAAGAUAAUAUCGUAGUAACUUCAACCACCCCUGGCACGUCAAAAUCCAAUGGUUAUCUUCCAUCCCUUUUGGAAUCGGAUGAUAGCGAAUUGGAAGACUUUCUGGACGACAUAUUGGAACGUGGUAGAAAUAUGUUGAAGAAAGACAGCACAGUAUCGAAAAUUUUAGCUUCUGCCAUUGCUGGGAGCAUGUCUUUAGCGAUGGACGCACGCUUGGAGUACGGAGUUGAAAUGGGCGUAGAAAUAUCACUGAGGAUACUUGCUACAUUUGGCAUAUAUAAUCUACCUCACAGCAUAAAUGCGACAAUACACGUACCAACAGAAGCAAAUCGCUGUUGUCAACAACCGUUCUUGCGUACCGAAACGAACGAUAGAAGUCAAGAAACUGGGAACUUUUCUGAUCCUACCCCUUCUAAUCUUUCGAUAUUGACAAGAUGUUUCGAAAAGAUGUUCACAGAUUUAUACCUACGAAAUAGCAGUACAAACUUGGAACUUGUUCUCCAACUUUGGUUUGCACUGAAUAUGGAUGCUGCUACUGAACAUCCAGGGUCGCAGUUUGAACCUUCUUUGACACCUUUGAUUCCACUCAGUCCAGCAGCUAUUUCUAGCUUAAUAUCUGCACUUUCGUGGCACACUGAGGUUUCUUUACGUGCUUGGUGUCUUGCGUUGCAAUGUUUAACUAUCGUCUGCAAUCAACCAUUACGAAGAUAUUCUGGUUUAGAUGGCUUUAUACCUAGUAGUCCUUCUAUGGCUAGUUGUAUUGUUAAAGAACGUAAUACAGGCCCUAUGUUGUUGCGCCUACUUUCCGGCAACGGAUUAAAUAUUAAUACGAUGGACAAGCAAUACAUCAUGGCUGGGCCUACAGUUUGCCAAGCAUUACACGAUUUUCUCGUUAGGCUACAAAUAAUGUGUGAUGUUAUUACAACGGAUAGCUGUUUAGGUAAUUCCCUGAAGGAUCUCCUACUGAAAGUGAUAUACCAACUUGUGCAACCAAGCGGGCCUCUUAUUUUAAGGAAGGGGCCUUUAGAUGCGCAGUGCAAGCUAAUAACAUCUGUAGUUAAUUUGAAUUAUGUCAAUACUGACUUGAGUAUUGCUAUGAGUAUAUCAGAAUGCGUUGGUGUGUUGGUUUCGACAUAUGUCAAAGGUUCCGAAGUUGGCGCACAAUGUGGAGGUGCAGUUGAUUCGAACAAUCAGUCCAGUAGUUUUGGUGGUCUAUUUGCUUGCGUGCUUGGCGGUGAUGCGAGACAAUGUCGUCCCGCAUCGUGGGAUACUUUAAUUGUGGCUCUCAUCAAAUUAGUAUGCACACUCAUUCAGACUCCAUUACCAAAUACUCAUCAAGAUCCUUCAGAGGAAUCGGCGGAAAUGGAAUUGUCUGAUACGACCUGGAGUUCUAGAAGCAAUGCAAGCGAUUCUCAGAAUGCAAAUACUUGGCAAACGGAUGAAAGUAAAGCGGCAGAGCAACGAAAUUCUUUUCACUUACAACAACCUAAACCUAGCAAAUCUUCCGUGCCUUGCUUGGCUGAUACUGUUUUGCAGCACGAGCCAACUAUGAUGCGUUUACUAGGCGCUCUCGGUCAUAGCACAGGAUCUUCGUUAGCUAUGCUCUUAGGUGAAAGUGCGAGUGCAGCAUCGACUACCGAGCUCGGCGAUCCAGCUUCAAUAGCGGAUGCAACGUUCCAGCUCCUUACAACUCUUACGAAAAAGGCUAGCGAUCCAACUCUAGUUCUCAAGCCGCUUUACCACUAUCUCUCUUCGUCAUGCGGUGAAACCGAAUUAGGAGUUAUGCAGCUAUCCGAACCCCUUCUUUGGUAUAUCCUAAGGGUAUUGGACAAUGCAUCAUCGUUAUCUAUUUUUACCGCGAUGGGUGGCGUAAAAGUGCUUUGCGAAAAUCUUGUGAAAUCAAGUAAUAAUGGUACCGCCAGUGCUUCCGCUUCGUCGGGAGUGAUCGCUCUCGUCAUGGAACAUCUGUCGAACGCACCGAACGUGAUGCAAAUGAUGGCGAGCAGUAGCAAGAAAGGCGUCAACUCGUUGGAAACUCACGACGACGGUUUACUGAAUUUCGCGCCUCUUGGUACAAUAUCUUGGUUGAAUCCGACUGCGCAGCCAGCGGAUGUUCUCAUACAGAAUGCCACACCUCAUAAACGUGCGAGAACACCGGCGUGGUCGUAUCAUUUUUAUCCUGACGAGGCGUGGGUCGAUCUUACCAUCACUUUACCGUGCGCUAUCCUGCUUAGGAAAGUGGAGCUACAACCACAUCUUACGGCGUUAUCCACGUGUCCAUCGGCUGUGGCACUGGAAGUUUCAAGGGAGAGUAAUGGCCCACUUACGCCGGUUUGUCCACCGAUGCCAACGGCGGGCUUAACAUACAUACGCGUUACUUUAUCACAACCAGAAGUCGCGACUUCCGUAUUGGUGCGUCUAUACAAACCGCGGGACUCGACAAACAUAAAUCUUAGUCAAAUAAGAUUACUGGGUACCACCGCGUUUGGCGAGAUUAAAACGAAUCCGGACACGAUAGAUGAAGAACAGCUAACGAAGACUAGCUUGGGUUGGCUGAGAUUAUUGCAUCAGUGCUUAUCGGUAAGCAUACUGAACAGUAAUCUAGCCAUCGAGGUGCUUAAUUCCGCGGCUUCGGUCGAAGGCCUGGUCGAGGCAUGCUGCAACCUCCUGUUACUCCCAGCACCGUCUCUUUUUACUCCCAACCUGGAGAGGGUUCUAUUACAACUUGGCUUACACUCUCGAGAGCUUGGACUUCGUCUCAUUGGUCUUUUACUCAACAACAGGUCUACCCCUUUCUUUCAAGGAGCUGUGACUUCCCAGGAAACGUCCAUCGUACAAUUGGUCGUUGAAUUGCUCCAGCAAUUGUGUUCCAUUCGAGACUUUAGCACGGAGGCUCGCAUGAAAGCCGUUCUUACAUGGUUGCAAAUAUCGGCUGCGAAUGGAAUAUCUCAGAGGAACAGUAAUCCCAAUUCAAUGAAUCCACCAGCGGUAUAUAUUCACUGUGUAUCUUCUAUCAUUUGGAAGGCUCAUCAACAACAGAAUCACAACUACGAUCUGCAAGUCUUGCUGACAGAUGAGCUGUUCUAUUCAUUGUACAAAUGGACCCUGACUCUUGGAAACAAUUCAGCCUUGAAGCAAGCGAUUGAUUCUGUUCUGUGCGCUUUCUGUUAUGUGAGGCCAUCGUUGUUGAUUUUGCUUCUGGAAUGGGUACAAAUUUUAGUACCGAAUAUCGCGGUAAAUCCGACUUCUUCUAUAUCCGACGACUGCAAAGAAAGCGAAGAACAGACGGAUGAUAAGAAGAGCGAUCUGAACGCCGAGGGAUGGUAUUGUCAGUUUAUCUUGCUGAAACAUAAAUGGUUGCAUUUGACAGAGGGACAAUUGCUGACUGUCGCUGCAGCGGCUCGUUCACCACCCGGUACUCAGCAAUUGAUCGAUUCUGGUCUUCCAGCGUUACUGACAGCAUCGAUUACAGAUUUCUGUAAUCUGGAGAAAUCCAAACAACGAGAUAGUAAAAUGGCAUCGGGCGACAGCAAUGAAAAUAAUGUGACUGAAGAUGUCAACUCGACAGAUAGCGAUAAGGCAGCAGGUUCGAGUUCCGGAUCAAAUAAUUAUUCUGGUGGAUUAUGUAUGACAAAACCAGAAAGUAUAGCGAUAGUGAUAGAAUUCCUAACACUUGUAUGUGCGGAAGGCAGAAUGCGUGAUUGGCUUGGUGAAGAAGGUCGUGGUUUUUGGUUACCACUUCUAUCGCUUCUUAGUAAUCGUCCUAUUGAAAGCCCAUCCACAUCUGCGUCGAGUUGUUCGAAAACAAGCGCAUCAUAUGCGUUAUUGGAAAGCGCUAUGAUUAAAUUCUUAUCAAGAUGUUGUUGGUGUCACCUGGCUAAUCAAAAAUUAUUGGCGAAGCUUCUUAUCGAAGUCAUUUCUCAACAACGAACUACUUCAAGUGUACGGUAUCUCCACGGCAUUUCUGGAUUUACACGAAGAUUAAUUCUGCAACUGCUUUUGGAAGGAGAGAAGGUAUUGGUUUCUGUAACGUCGGAAGCUCCUAUGAAAAUUUCAGCAACCGCUGCUAAUCAUAGUAUGCCAUCCAUGCCUCCACAUCCUGCUCAUCCUCUCGGUCACUAUCAUCAAUUAUUAUACAUGUCGACACAAGCAACAGUGGCAGAUAUAUUACAACAAGUAUCAGGGACGUGGCUUCUCUUGUUACUUCCGAAUACGUAUAAGGGUAACGAAGCAAGUUCCAAUGGAAACAAUCGUUCUCGUGAAUUCUGGGAAUCGGGAAUGGCUUUAGUGGUAGACACACUUAGCGUGGCUGCUGGAAACACGGCGAAAGACAAGCGGGCUAAAGAAGCAUCAAACAGAUCACAAGCUCGAGGUCCUAUAAUCAGAAAAACGCGUUUAAAUUCUGACGGAACGCCGGUAACGAAUAAAGCCUCGUCUAAUAAUGCACAAGCAAACCCAACCAACACGACGAACCAACAAUAUCUAAUACAUUCGUCUCGUCCUAAUACUCCUUUACCACCUCAGCUUACAAUCGCGCAACUCUUAGCGAUCGCCGAGGACAGUGGUGUUUCGUUGUCUGAACCAUGCUUACAUCUGAUCUUACGUCAACGCAGUAAGGACUCCAAAGAAGAUGCGGCGAAGCUAAACGACAGCGAACUGUUGAACUACAGAAGCAUAGAGAGUUCAUUAGGCGUCUUCAGCGCCGGCGGUGGAUUGGCGGUGUUGGCGCGCCACUUGCCGCUGGUGUAUCCGGAUCCCGGCAGGCCGUCGUUCUUCGUCGAAAAAUCACCGUCGCCAGAACAGACCGAUGCCGACUGGGUAAAAUUGGAAACCAACGAUGACAUUUACGAGGCCUUGGAAGAGGGUAGAACGAAUUGUCCGCCGAAGGUAUCGGUUCCUGCCCCAUACGUGCCACCGCAUUCCCUCGCGGCUUUCGGCCUAUUUCUCAGACUACCGGGCUAUGCCGAGGUGCUACUGCGGGACAAAAAACGGGCACAAUGUCUGUUGCGGCUCGCUCUCGGCGUUUCCGACGACGGUGAAGGUGGCGAGGUGCUGACUUCGCCGUUGGCCGCCUCGUUGCCAACUUUGCCGUUCCAGGUUCUAAAGCAGUUGUUGGACGCCACGCCACCGACCACCGAUGACGGUCUACUUUUACGAGGAACGACCAUAGAAGUGGGCGCUAUGCUGCUGCUGUUGAACUGCCUGGCAAUAUUCACACAUCAAACUGGACAAAACGACGGUUCAACCGAGCAUAAGACGGGUCAGAGCGGCGGUGUCAGCGGUAGCAGUGGAGGACGUAGCGAUGAUAAUUCACAUCUGUACUGGGCGAAAGGUACCGGUUUUGGUACCGGGUCCACACAGCAGUCGUGGAAUGUCGAGCAGGCGUUAUUACGUCAACGAUGCGAAGACGAGCACGUGACGGUGCUGCUACACGUUCUCGCCAGUUAUAUUGGCACAUCGGGAAGCGGGCAACCACAGCAGGAGCUACCAGCUCCUUUCCCCGAUUUAUUGGCGCGUUCUUGUCUACUGCCGGCGUUAUCAUCAUACCUGCGGAACGAUUCCGUUCUAGAUAUGGCCAGGCACAUACCUCUUUAUCGCGCGGUCCUGCAACUGCUUCGUGCCAUGGCUCUCUCCAGUCAAUUAGCACCGCUUUUGUUACCGCGCAGCGGUAGAUCCGGAGAACCGUCCGUGGUGUCCCUCUUGUCGAGCAUGAAAGUGUGCGUGGACACUUAUGUAAACAAGAUAAAUCGCACGAGGGGCAACAAAACGAACAUGAAAGUGGUGUCCAAGUAUCCCGAUGAUACUGAGCAAGACGAAGGCUUGGCCACACUAAUCCCCGAUAUACAGGAAAGUGCAACUAUAGUGCAAAAUGCUACAUGCCGAUUAUCCGGUAUCGGCGAAGAAUUACCCGGAUCAAGCCCAACGGCACCGGAAUUAGCAUUGCGUUCAAGUCUGGAGCACCGAUACUUGGAAGUAAUGAAAAAUCUACAAUUUGAUACCUACGAAAUGAUUACUGAGAAUCCAGAUGGCGGAGGUUACAAAUUUACCGUUUCGUAUCACUUUGAAUCAAAUAUGAGGGCUGCUGGCGAGAGAAGCCAUCCGACACGAGUGAAACGAUUAGCUCAGGAAGCCGUUACGCUCUCGACAGCACUGCCUCUAUCUUACAGCAGUAGUGUGUUUGUGAGAUGCGACGCGGAUAGGUUGGAUAUUAUGAAGGUACUCAUAACGGGGCCAGCAGAAACGCCGUACGCAAACGGCUGUUUUGAGUUUGACGUGUACUUCCCUCCUGAUUAUCCUAAUAGCCCGAUGUUAAUAAACCUAGAGACGACCGGCCGUCACACCGUGCGCUUCAAUCCGAAUUUAUAUAAUGAUGGGAAGGUCUGUCUCAGCGUACUGAACACUUGGCACGGCCGACCUGAGGAAAAGUGGAACGCGCACACGAGUAGCUUCCUUCAGGUUCUAGUAUCGAUACAGUCGUUAAUCUUAGUGUCCGAACCCUAUUUCAACGAGCCUGGAUACGAACGGUCACGGGGUACGUCAAGUGGUGCUCAAUCUAGUCAAGAGUACAAUGCGAAUAUUUGUCAGGCUACUGCCAAGUGGGCGAUGCUUGAUCAAAUACGCAAUCCCUGUCCAUGCUUCAAGGAGGUCAUACAUACCCACUUUUGGAUAAAAAGGCACGAGAUCGUUGCACAACUGGAGGGAUGGAUAAGAGAUAUGGAAAUGCAUGGAUCAGAUCGUAGAUCAGGCCGUACAAUUUCUCUCAAUGCGUUGUCUUUAAGGAGACAUUAUAGACUAUUGAGGGAAGAAUUAAAUAAACUGCCAACGCCCAAAGGGUUGGAAGACUUGGCCGAACCACUUGCGUCGCCAGGCUCGCCCAUCGAACUAUCCGGGACCCCAGGCACAACUCCGAAUACACCAUCGACGGUUACGGCAUCCGCGACCGCCACCGUGGCUACUCCUAUCGCCGCUAACAAUAUAGUUCCGAUCAGUAAUAGCAGCACGAGUAGCCAUGUGCAUCACGACAUCGAUACGGACGUCGAGAUGGAGAAGAUGGUUUCGAAAAUGUGUGAAUAGCUAAAGGAUGUUAAUAGACAUUGUUGGACAUUUUGAAAAGAGUCUAUUGUUUGUGUUACGAGAUGAACAAAUGGACAUUGAACAUGAACAGAUGACACAAGGGACUGAUAUCAAGUGUGCAGAUUAUCCUGUCCAGCGGCCGAAUUAUCGGUGUUUAGCCAAGGCGUUAGGAAAAGAGAAAGCAGUGAUGACUUUCGGCCGAAUACAUAAUAAUCAUGAUGAUAAUUAUUACAAUGAUGAUGAUGAUAAGACGUGAUGAAGAUAAAUAGGUAGAAAAAUAUAAGGUGUGGUAGAGUGAGAAAGACAUGUAAGAAUUUACAAUAUAGAGAGAAAGUGUGAAGAAAAAAAGAGAGAGAGUGAGACAGAAAGCGAGAGAAUGAGUGUGCGUGGGUGAGAAUAAGCGAGAGAGUGAAAGGACGAGAGAAAGAGAAAGAGAGAGAGAACGCAACAGAUAGAGGCAAAGAAUAAGUAACGCGAAUGUAACAAACUCGUGCGUAGUAGAUACUUUUUAUAGCCGCUGCUAUAGUACGUGUACGCUGCAUUCUACUACUUCGUACUACCAUAAGUACCACAACUGUUAUUCGAUAUUUAUUAUACAUGUUCCUCGUUUAUGUAGCGUAACUCUGAAUUAGCUGCACUUUCAGCUGCGAAUAUAAUCUUGGACAUUACGUUUACCGUCCUCUCCUUGUCGCUCGUGUCUUCCGAGAGCGACGUGGUCGCAACUCCGCUAUCAAUGCCCGUGUACAGACGUACGUUCUCGUUUUAUCGACAUUUUAUUUUAUCAAUAAUUAUAGUACUUGUUUCUUUUUUAUAAUAUGCAUAUGUACGGUGUGUAUAUGUACAAUUCUAUCGCUGACGCGUCGUUCUCUUCAUUUUAAAUGUAUUUCUCUAUUAGGAUGUAAUAUGAUUAUACUUUAUCAAGCGAUUUAUUAUGUAGAUCCCGGUUUUUAGUAAACAUCUCUUCAGGGAUGCACGAUGCAAUCAUCGAGCAUUAAAUGGCUCGUUACCAAAAGCUGCGGGCGGCAAAGAAGAGACAAUAUAAAGCACUAUACGUCGGCAGAAGUCAACUCGUGACAGGUGCAACUAAUUACGAGUUAUUGAUGUAGCGGGUAUCCCUGCGCGCAAUGCGAUCGAAUCUAAAUAACAACUGUCAUCCGAACAAGACGACGAUCUAGGUACAUCGUUAGAUAACGUUUAAUAUUAUAGUACGUGUUCUAUGUCGAUUGAAUGAACAACUGGAAAAAAACAUGGUAAACUGGAAACAAAAAACAAAUUAUGGAAGAUCAGAUGGUACGUUUCUCGCGUAAACGAGAAUUGCUCUUUGUAAUUGUAACAGCUACUUAGUACACGUAAAUUUCAUAUGAAUCGACCAUAUGAACGAAUAAAGUCACAUUGUUUUGAGA